AUCUUGAUCAGACAGAAUUCUUCACUUUUCUUUGUCACUUUCAGUUUUCAAGGGAUAAGAAAAUGUCUUCCAAAAACCACACUGUAGUGACAGAAUUCAUUCUCUUGGGACUCACGGAUGACCCAGCACUAGAGAGGAUCCUGUUUGGGGUGUUUCUGGUGAUCUACCUGAUCACGCUGGUGGGAAAUGCGUGCAUGAUUGUGCUGAUCAGGACCAAUUCCCACCUCCAAACUCCCAUGUAUUUCUUUCUUAGCCACCUCUCCUUUGUAGACAUCUGCUAUUCCUCCAAUGUCACUCCAAAUAUGCUGUACAACUUCCUCUCAGAACAGAAGACCAUCUCCUAUGCUGGAUGCUUCUCACAGUGUCUUCUCUUCAUCGCCCUGGUGAUCACUGAAUUUUACAUCCUUGCCUCGAUGGCGUUGGAUCGCUAUGCAGCCAUUUGCAGCCCGUUACAUUACAGCGUCAGAAUGUCCAAGGACAUUUGUAUCAUUCUAGUCAUGGUCCCUUAUGCUUUUGGCUUCUUUAAUGGACUUUCUCAGACACUGCUGACUUUUCACUUGUCCUUCUGUGGCUCCUCUGAAAUCAAUCAUUUCUACUGUGCCGAUCCUCCUCUUAUUAUGUUGGCCUGCUCUGACACCUACGUCAAAAAGAUGGCAAUGUUUGUAGUUGCUGGAUUUACCCUCUCAUGCUCUCUCUUCAUCAUCCUCCUGUCCUACCUUUUCAUUCUUGCAGCCAUCUUGAAGAUGCAUUCUGCUGAAGGCAGGCACAAAGCCUUCUCUACUUGUGGUUCCCACCUGACAACAGUCACUAUAUUUUAUGGAACCCUCUUCUGCAUGUACUUAAGGACUCCAUCUGAGAGAUCUGUAGAAGAGUCCAAAAUAAUUGCAGUCUUUUAUACUUUUCUGAGUCCAAUGCUGAACCCGUUGAUCUACAGCCUAAGGAAUAAACAUGUGAUCCAUGCUAUGCAGCAAAUGAUUAAAGGAAAUCUUUUUCAUAAAACAGCAGUUUAGGC